GCAGAGUGGGAAAUGUGUAUGAGCUGUUUUACUGAGCAUAAAGACGCACGCAGUCAAUUGUAGCAGAGCUCAAAAAUAUACCUAACAUACUAUUUAACAGCUUUAACUUGUUACCAGAGUGGCUUCAGGAUCCCUCCUAGCUAUGGCAGCUUGGGCACAGACAGCUUUUCUACUUUUCAGCAUAAUGUUAGCGGUAAUAGGCAAAGUGGAAAAAGAGCUUUCUCCAGAGUGCAAAGAAUUCCUCUACAUGGGAACGCCACCGAGAGGACUGGAACACCACUCCGUCCAGUUCAUUUGUCAGUACUACAACAAAAAGCCACGCUACGUGACUCUGUACAACACUGUGGACCAUAUACCGAUCUACUCUGCCUACAUAUUUAAACGCUCAGAAGGGGAGAAGUGUAUGGAUGUCCCUUGGAUGUACGAACCUCAGCUGUCCACUUCCUCUGAAACAGACGAGAUGCAGCCCUUUCCACGGAGUUAUAUGCACAUGAACUUUGAAGAUGCCCAAGCUGUUCUUGACGAUUACACAAAUGCGAUCCUUUACGAGCGCGGCACGCUCAACCCGGACGAGCAUCAGAAUGAACCUGACGACAAAGCAGCUACCUACACCCUCACCAAUGUGGUACCUGUGUUGCCUGAAGUCAACGACCUAAUCUGGGACAAACAGGAACACAUGAUCCGCAAAAGGCUUAACAACUACUGUCGUGGAAGGGCUCACAUUGUCACCGGCGUCACCACCUCUGGCAAGAUGAUCCGCCGGGAAAACAUGAACCGCAUUGCUGUUCCCACCUACCUGUGGUCAGCAUAUUGCUGUGUUGACUAUGACCACAACACACCUUUUAAUGACCGUUAUAAAUUCCCAUCUUUUGCUUACUAUGGCCUCAACGAGGAUGAGAACAAUGACAUGGUGGAAGUCUCCGUCCAGAAGCUGGAGGAGUUUCUCAAGAAGACAGAAUUUGUAAGCCAGAACUUUCAGAUCUUUGUGGGCGACUGUUCCAUACAAGCACCUGAGAAAACUGCAUAGGGAAAAUAUUUGGAGAUAUUUUAACAGAAAUUUGACAAAUUAAAGAAAGACAAAAAAGAAAAAAAUAGUGCUACCAGAAGAGUGCCAGUGUAGCUUCUUAUUGGUCUCUGGAACAUCCUUCUCUCGACAGACAUUCCUGUAUCUUUUUUAUUCCCUUUAUUAUUUGGUGUUUUUAUGAUUUAUCUCCUGUGAGUAUUCAAUUGGGUUUUAAUCCAGUUUUUACAAAGGCCAUAAUCUAUGAACUGCUUUAAAUUCAUACUCAUCAAACCAUUCAGUAAUCCUCAAGCCCUCUGGAUUGGGGCACUGUCAUCAUAGAGGAGACCACACCCAUCAGAAUAAAAUGUUGUAAUCAUAGAACAAAGAUUAUGAAAAGUUUCUUUUAACUUGCAGUGCCCCUUCUAAGAGAACACAUAGAACUAAACCAUAAAGAAGCUGUAGAGGUUACUAAUUUUUCCUUUAAUUUGUCACUGAUCUUUGUGGUGUAUGUAAGUAAAAAGAGGUGCAAUCAUGUGCCAACAAAACAUCCAGGUAAAUUAUAACA